AUGAAGCUGCAUUCGAGCCUCAUGACGGAGGACGAGAUGCAGACGAGUCGAAGCAGCACGGCAAGUGAAAAAACCUACACUGCAUGGGAAGUCGACAACCAGAAGGGUCUGGGGUUGCUAAUCGAGAUGAUUGACCCAACCCAAUACCACCACGUGGUGGACGUCGAGACUUGCUUCCACGCCUACAAGCAAUUGGAAAACCACCACGAGCCAACCACCGAGGUCGACAGGAUUGCCCUGAUGGCGGAAUACCACGCGAUCAAGUGGAAUCCGAAGCAAGAAACGCUCCAGGCGUUUCUUGAGCGUUUCGAUAUUCUACUUCGCAAGCUACAAGCCGCAGACUGCGCCAUGCCAGACGACAUGGCUGUGGUGAAGCGUCACUCACCAAAUCAACGCUAA